AUGUCGACCGCCGGCCUCAUGGGGGCCAACGCGGCCCAGGCCGAAGAAUUGACCCUGUGCUGGGCGGCAUGGGACCCGGCCAACGCGCUGGUGGAACUGUCCAAGGAGUUCGAGGCCGAGAGCGGUCACACCAUGAAUUUCGAGUUCGUGCCGUGGCCGAACUUCGCCGACCGCAUGCUCAACGAGCUCAAUUCGGGCGGCAAGCUGUGUGACCUUCUGAUCGGCGACAGCCAGUGGAUCGGCGGCGGCGCCGAGAACGGCCAUUACGUCAAGCUCAACGACUUCUUCGAUGCCGAAGGCAUCUCGAUGGACGAUUUCGCCCCGGCGACCGUCUAUGCCUAUUCGACCUGGCCGAAGGGUUCGCCGAACUAUUACGCGCUGCCGGCGAUGGGCGAUGCGAACGGCUGGUUCUACCGCAAGGACUGGUUCGAGAACGAGGACAUCCGCGCGGCCUAUAUGGAAGAGACCGGCCAGGAGUUGCGUGAGCCGCAGUCGCAGAUGGAGCUCAUGCAGAUCGCCAAGUUCUUCCAGGAGCGCGAGAUCGAUGGCCAGACCCGCUACGGUGUUUCCAUCUUCACCGAGCGCGGGUCGGAAGGCAUCACCAUGGGCGCCACCGGCGCGCUUUACGCCUGGGGCUUCAAGUACGAGAACGAGCCCGGCAGCUACGACAUGGCGGGCGCUGUGAAUUCGCCCGAAGCGGUCGAGGCGCUUGAGUUCUACAAGGAGCUCUACGAGUGCUGCACGCCGCCCGGAUAUACGGACGCCUACAUGGAGCAGUCGCUCGACGCCUUCAAGUCAGGUCAGGUGGCGAUGGCGAUGAACUGGUUCGCCUUCUUCCCCGGCCUUUAUGCGGAUCCGAACACGGGCGGCGACAAGAUCGACUUCUUCGUCAACCCGCCGCAGAACGUGGCCGCCUCGACGCUGGGCGGGCAGGGCAUCUCGGUUGUCGCCUAUUCGGACAAGCAGGAUGCGGCGCUCGAAUACAUCAAGUGGUUCGCACAGCCCGAGGUGCAGGCCAAAUGGUGGGAGCUGGGCGGCUAUUCGGCCCACAAUUCGGUGCUGCAGGGGGAUGGCUUUGAAGAGAGCGCGCCGUUCGCCGGCGAUUUCCUGGUCGCCAUGGACGGCGUUCAGGACUUUUGGCAGGAGCCGGCUUAUGCCGAACUGCUGCUGGCCAUGCAGAAGCGCCUGCACGACUACAUCGUUGCCGAUCAGGGCACGGCCCAGGAAGCCCUCGACAAGCUGAUCGAGGACUGGACCGAGGUCUUCGAGGACGAAGGCAAGCUCUGA